AUGGUUCCAGGAACCUUCUCUAAGACAAGCGUCUCUGACUACAGGUUCAGGAUUGGUGUCUCUUCCUUAUUAAAGGAACAUAUUGUACACGUAUAUUAUAUUAUGCUGGAUUUGGAAAAUAUUUUACAAAUUUACAAGGACAGUAGUCUUUGGCUAUCAAGCCCUCUUGGAGCCACCGACUGUCCUCUCUCCUUCUCCUUGCUUUUAACUGUAGAGGUUGUGUCAAAUGCUGCUGGACAGGGUGUUGCCAUCACUGGGAACAAUACUUUCAACAACUGGAAUUGGCCUAACGCUGUGAUCUUUGCUGCUACUGUGAUCACUACAAUCGGUUACGGAAAUGUUUCUCCAAAGACACCCUCUGGGCGUCUCUUCUGCAUAUUUUAUGGGCUCUUUGGAGUUCCUCUCUGCUUGACGUGGAUCAGUGCUCUGGGGAAGUUCUUUGGAGGACGUGCCAAGAGGCUGGGCCAGUUUCUGACAAAAAGAGGAGUAAGCCUGCUGUCUAGAACUAGUCAACAGGAAAUGCUGAGCAUACUGGUGUCUUUCUCUAAAAUCCAGUGCCUUGUUCAGGGCUUUGGAGAUGGUCCUUGUGUAAAUCCAGAUGCAAACUACCAUGCCCUCUACAGGUAUUUUGUGGAGUUAUGGAUCUAUCUGGGACUAGCUUGGCUUUCACUCUUUGUUAACUGGAAGGUCAGUAUGUUUGUUGAAGUCCACAAAGCAAUCAAGAAACGGAGGAAAAAAAGAAAAGAGUCAUUUGACAACCAUCCUCGGUCUAAAAAACCCCUUCAAAUGGGUACCUCAAAGGAUGUCAACAUUUUCAGCUUUCUUUCAAAGAAGGAAGAGACCUACAAUGAUCUUAUUAAACAAAUUGGGAAGAAGGCCCUGAAGACAAACAAUGACAAAAUUAUCAAAGUAGAAAAUGCCAAACAAAAUAUGCAGAAUGCCAGUAUAGAUGCCCAGGUGACUUACACAAAGACAAACUCAUUUGAGUACGAUGAGGCUUCUCUGGACAUUCAAAAUGGUCAUGUACUGAGACCCCUGCAUGAUAAACGUAUUGGAGACAGCCCUCUAGAAGGAACCAUGUUUGUAAACCAGCUAGACAGGAUUAGUGAAGAAGAAGGGGAAGUGUGGGAUUCCAGAGACUAUCGACCCUUGAUAUUUGAGAAUGCCAAUAUAACAUUUGUAAAUGAAGAUGAUGAUGAAGAAGAAGAAAUCUCAGAUGAUGAGGAAACGUCAAAAUCCUCCAUGGAUGAUAAUCUUGCAGAGGAAUCUGAAACUGCAAAAAACCUGGUAAAAUUCCCAUCGUCUGAUGAAUCUACCUUUACCAAUAACGAGCUAGAACUUUCUGUGCCUUAUGAACAACUGAUGAAUGAAUAUAAUACAGUAAGCAAUGUGAAGGCUGCAACGUGA